AUGCCCUCUCAAACAACACCCCAAUAUCAGGUCUGCCUCAUCGGCUCCGGCGGAGUGGGCACUAUUGCAUCCGUUGUUCUCUCCAAAUCUGGCCUUGCACAUGUCACCUGCGUUCUCAGAUCCAAAUACGACUACGUGUCCCAGCAUGGGUGGGAUAUCGAUUCCGUUGAUCACGGAAAGAUCUCUGGAUGGAAGCCUCAUCGAAUUGUGCGGUCUGCAGCCGAGGCUGCAACCGAUGAGAACGGAGAGCAGGUUGAAUACGACUUCGUAGUCGUAUGUACAAAGCAGCUACCGAGUCGCAACCCCGUCGUGGGCAUGAUUUCUCCCAUGGUGACCCCAGGAAAAACAACAAUCGUCAUGAUACAGAACGGAAUGGGAAUAGAGGAGGAAAUCAUCAACGCUUGGCCUGGUAACGCAGUGGUGAGCAGUGUAAGCCAUAUUGGAAGUUCGGUCCAGGAGCCCAAUGUCGUGGUCCAGAUCGGGGAAGACGUGUCCAAGAUGGGGCCUCACCUCCAUACUGGCAUUGACGAUUCUACAAGUGUCGACAACGCGAAGCAGUUUAUUGAUAUGUACCUCCAGGGAGGUGCCAGCGUCUGCGAACUAGUGGAAGACAUCCAGGUGGCCCGAUGGGAGAAAUUACUGUGGAACGGGUCCUUCAACACGAUGUGUGCGCUGAUGAGGAUGGAUGUGGGCGAGCUCCAAAGAAGCAAAGGCCGAGAGUCGAUGAUUGUACCUAUGAUGUGGGAGAUUUGGAACAUUGCAAAGGCAGCCGGCCAUCCAAUGCCCGAAUCUAUUGUUGAGUGGAUGGCGUAUAGAUUGCCGGAUGACUGCAACUACCGACCUAGUAUGCUGUUGGAUCUGGAAAACGGGCGGCCCAUGGAGCUGGAGGUCAUUCUGGGUUACCCACUAAAAAAGGCCCAAGAGUUGGGCGUGGACGCACCACACAUGACCACUAUUCACAAGCUACUCAAAUUAGAGGAGUGGAAAUUGGACCAGUCAAAGCUGUCUGGAAACACAUAA